CUUUUAGUUUCUUAGAUCACACACUUGUCUGUCCAUGUUCAGACCUUCUUUUCUCAACAUAUAACCCACCCAAGAACACCCUCUGUCUUCAUUUUAACCCACAGCUUAACAAGAACUACUUAACGUCCAUCUUCUUCAACCUCACAAACCCUAAAAAACCCAUUUCUUUAAUCGCCUGAAACACAACAUAUAUAUAUAUAUAUACACACACACACACACAUAAUUACUUGCACUUUCAUGGAGUCGCCGGUGAAGGGUAGUUUGGAAAAGAAAAACUUUCUUAGGAAGACAUGGGAGCGGUGCCGAUCGAAGCGGAAAAGCCAGAAAAGGGUGUCGCCGGAAGGGUUUUUUCCGGUGUACGUGGGGCCGGAAAAACAGCGGUUUUCCGUCAAGACAAAGUACGUGAACCAUCCUUUGUUUAAGAUGCUUUUGGAAGACGCUGAAAUCGAAUACGGGUACAAUACACCCGGCCCGAUACUUCUUCCAUGCGACGUGGAUCUUUUCUUCAAAGUGGUGGCGGAGAUGGAGGCUAAGGAAAUGGAGCCCCAUGGAUGCGGGUUCAUUGGAUACGGGUUCAUUGGAUACGGGUCGUGUAGUCCAUUUAAUCCUAGCCGGCGGUUGGUGAACACCGGCGCCACCGAUCAGAUGGCUAAAGGAUAUGGCGGUUACGGAGUCCUGACACCGUCACGGUUGAUUAAGAUGAAUUAAUUAAUAUCACUAUUAGAAAACUGGAUUUCGUUGACGAAAUUCACCAAUGGUAUGAAUCCGUAGGAUACAAUUUUUUUCGGGUUUUGUGAAUAUAUGAUAUAGAUAUAUAGUAAUUUUGUAAAGUUAUACGAUAUAAUUAGGGUUACAAACGUCGAACUUUCAUCGCGUAAUUCAAACUCCGAUUUAUAUUUAUCGAGUUUGAGUAGAGAAAUGACCCUGAAAUGUAUAAUUAUUC